GUCAGCUGUCGAGCGCCGAGCAUGGACAGCCUCAGUCGGUUCUAUACCGGCUUGAGAGGUCCUGCAGGUCAGCCGCAGUCUGCAGAGACGACCAUCGACAAGCUAUGCGACCGUCUCGCCAACUCGACCGUACCUGAGGACAGGAGGGCCGCUCUGCUCGGUCUCAAGGGUCUCAGCAGGGACUGGAAGGCUGAAGUAGGAACGUCUGCCAUACCCAUCCUACUCGACGUGCUGCAACGGGAAGCCUUUGAGGAUAACGAGACAGGCAAGGCAGUCCUCGAGACGCUCAACAUUCUCUGCGAGGAAGAUGAGGCCGCCAACACUUCUGCUGGUCGCUACGCAAGAGAGCAUGGUCCGGGAGCGCGCAACAGCGAGCGGUUCCUCUCUGAUGAGCGACCGAUGCAUGCUCUCAUCGCUCUGCUCAGGUCACAGCAUUUCUAUGUUCGCUACUUCUCGCUACAGCUGUUUGGAACACUGCUGGGCAACAAGGCCGAAGCAGUACAGAAAUAUGUACUCACUGCGCCCGGAGGACUCGGCAGACUCGUGGAGAUAUUGGAAGACAAGCGGGAGAUCGUACGCAAUGAGGGACUGCUCCUCAUCAUCUCGCUUUCCUCUACGAAUGCAGACAUACAGAAGAUCAUUUCCUUCGAAGGCGCAUUCGACAAGCUCUUCGCCAUCAUCGAUAGAGAAGGCGGCAUUGCUGCCGGCGGCAUCGUCGUGCAAGAUUGCUUGGCUGCCAUCGUCGGCCUCCUGCGAUACAAUGUUUCUAAUCAGAACUACUUCCGCGAGACUUCUUGCAUCCAGCUCAUUGCGCCUCUGCUCCUCUUCCCGCCACCCAACGUCCUCGCAACUCCAGACUCCUCCGAAGCGCAGCAAGCGCUAGCCGCCUUUGCCAUGCAGCUCUGGAGCGAGCAGAAGAUCACCAAUGCGCAACAUGUACUCACCCUCGUCGGCUUGCUCGUGGGAGGAGCCGGUGAAGGCCGAGCGGCCAAUCAAAAAGCCAUGCAUCAGUCCGGUCUCACCCACUGUCUUGCUGAGCUCGCGCUGGCUUCCAAUGCGCCGAGCGACAUCAAAGCGCACUCUCUGCUCGCACUCGCAGAUGUCAUACGCAGCUCGCCACAGAAUCAAGACCUCAUCUCUGAGCUCUUCGUCUCACCUUUGAUACCCGUUCCGCCGACGUUCAUCGAGCCGGGCACAAACCCAGAAUUUGCAGAGCCAGAAUGGCUCAGAGCAGAGCCUGUGCUCGCCACGCUUGCCCUUGUCGCGCUUGCGAUAGAAGGCGAUCCCGGUCUGCCCGGCAAUGCAUCUCUCGGACGAGAGGGCCUCCGCGUCAGGGCAGCAGCGACAUCUGCCUUUGAGGCUUAUGUAUACGGAAACCCAGAGGCGCAAUUAGCAGUCGCAUCCGGGAUGGCGCCGACACCGAUGAGCAAUGGCAAAGAAGUCGAUCCUCCACCUGCCACAGCCGGAGCUGUUCUGCUCUCUGGCUUGCGCACCAUACCCGUCGUCUCUCCCGGCAUUCCCUUCGAUUCUCACGGACCGGUCUUCUCAGCUCUCAUCUUUGGACACCUCGUACGCAAUACGGAGAGCUGCAAGCGGCUAGCUCGAGAGAUUUCGUUAGGCGAAGAAGGCACGGAUGACAGAGUUUCACUCAUCCAUCACAUUGUAGGCAACCUCAUGAUGGCCCAGAGGGAACAAUCGCAAGGCUCGACCAGUGCAGAAGGUGCUGCUCUGGCUGUGGAAUGGUCCCGCGUCAUGGUGGCCUACCUCGUCACGCUCUGUGUCUGGUGUUGGGAGAGUCCCAAAUCAGUCAGAGAGUUCCUCGACGAAGGUGCCAACUUACAAGUGCUCAUCCAACCCAUUACUCAAGCAUCUGGCGUCGAUCCCGUCGUACAGGGCCUCUGUGCAUUUCUGCUCGGCAUCUUGUACGAGUACAACAGAGAGCCAGGCGAUAUCACGAGAGCAAAGCUGCAGCCGAUAUUGAACAGCCGCGUUGGUCCAGAUCAGUUCGUUAGCAGAAUACUGCGUCUGCGAGAAGAUCCACGCUUCAAGAACGUCGGGCCAGAUGUUAUGGAGAUCCGUGGCGAAGGUCUUGACGAUCAAUAUGCGCUCGAAGAAGGCAUAUGGUUCGACUGGGCCUUCAUCGAGUUCCUGAAGAAUAAUUAUUUGCCAGUUCAAAGAGCAAUACUGCAAGACCCGGGGUCUGCAGCCGGUGCACGACCUCUAGGGGACUCUGCAGAAGCAGAAGAGAUGGUCAGCAACUUACGAUCUACAAUUGCGACUCAGAAUAAAGAUCUCGAUGCGCUGCAAGACAAGCUCGCCACGACGGAAGCAGAUCACGAGGAAGAGCGUAAAGCACUGGGGCGGGAGCUCAUAUCGCACCGCGAACAGCUCGAGGCUGCGCGGUCACAGAUAAAGGCUUUCGACGAGCAUGUUGCUCAGUUGGAGGCCGCAGCGAGAGCGGUCGAAGAGGAAGCUGUUCAGCUGCGGGAAGAGUUAGCGCAAGCACAGAGCAAGAGUCACGCCCUCGAAGCGGAUGUCAGAGACCUCACUACGGCGAAAGAGGAAGCGGAGAAGGAACAAGAGGAUUUGCUCGUUCUGCUUGAGGAUCUCAGCAACAAAAGGCGAGAAGACAAGGCAAGGAUGCGCCAGGCGCAGCUCGAGGUGUCCGAUGACGAAGAAGAGCUCGAGCCUCAGGAGGAGCAACCGGAAAGCUAAUGAAAGUCACGACGGCCUGAUGAGCCUUGUAAUCAAUGGCUGUACAUGAUCACUGCACGCCGC